ACACGUGGGUCCUUCUUCAACUCUCUCGCCGUUUCUAGACUAGAGCCUCUGUUUGGGUGUGUUGUCUUCUUUGCUUCUCGACUUGAGUGAGUUUCAUACAAACUCAAGCCUGCCUCUGUAAUUUUCACGGCACCACACAGUUUUUGUAAAAUUUCAAACAUUGACUCUUUUAUCUCGGAUUGUUUUGGAGAAACUUUUUGAGAUGAUGGACAACAGAAAUGAUCAAGAAAUCGAUGUUGGAUCGGUGGUUGAAGCUGUUUCCGCUGAUCAUUCCUUCGGUGCUCCCCUCUACGUAGUUGAGAGCAUGUGCAUGCGCUGCAAUGAAAAUGGAACAACUAGAUUUCUAUUGACUUUAAUUCCUCACUUCAGAAAGGUCUUAAUAUCUGCAUUUGAAUGUCCCCAUUGUGGAGAAAGGAAUAAUGAAGUUCAGUUUGCUGGCGAGAUUCAACCCCGAGGAUGCAGCUACCAUCUAGAGGUUUCAGCUGGCGAUACAAAGAUAUUUGACCGGCAGGUUGUAAAAUCUGAAUCGGCCACCAUUAAGAUUCCUGAACUGGAUUUUGAGAUUCCACCAGAGGCCCAACGUGGUAGUUUAUCUACGGUGGAAGGGAUACUAUCUCGAGCUGCUGAUGAACUGAGUGCCCUUCAAGAAGAACGCAAGAAAGUGGAUCCUAAGACUGCUGAAGCAAUAGACCAAUUCUUGUCUAAACUGAGAGCUUGUGCCAAAGCAGAGACAUCAUUCACAUUCAUUUUGGAUGAUCCUGCUGGAAACAGUUUCAUUGAAAACCCACAUGCUCCAUCAAUAGAUCCCUCUCUAACAAUCAAGUUCUAUGAGCGAACACCCGAGCAACAAGCAACUCUUGGAUAUCUUGCUAACACUUCUCAGACUGGACAUUCAGAGAGAAGCCUUGUAACACCUUCUACUCAAACAACUGCUCUACCCCACGGAACUAUCGGAGCAACAGCUGGUCAUCGGGCGAUUGCGCAGAGUAAUAGCACUGAUAUUUCUGAUAACUUGUUUAGAUACAGUGCGCCUGAAGAGGUCAUGACUUUCCCUUCAACUUGUGGAGCAUGUACAAAGCUGUGUGAGACACGGAUGUUUGUGACAAAAAUCCCGUAUUUUCAGGAGGUUAUUGUUAUGGCAUCUACAUGUGACGAUUGUGGCUAUCGCAAUUCUGAGUUAAAGCCUGGUGGUGCAAUUCCUGAGAAGGGAAAGAAAAUUAUGCUCUCUGUGAAGAACAUCACUGACCUUAGCCGAGACGUAAUCAAGUCAGACACUGCAGGAGUGAAAAUCCCAGAACUUGAUCUGGAGCUAGCUGGUGGUACACUUGGUGGAAUGGUAACAACAGUGGAAGGGUUGGUCACACAGAUCAGAGAAAGCUUAGCGAGAGUCCAUGGAUUCACUUUUGGUGACAGUUUGGAGCAGAGUAAGAUUAACAAGUGGAAAGAAUUUGGAUCCAGGCUAACAAAGCUUCUAAACUUAGAACAGCCGUGGACAUUUAUUCUUGAUGACGAAUUAGCCAAUUCCUUUAUUUCACCAGUAACAGAUGAUAUCAAAGAUGAUCAUCAGCUCACAUUUGAAGAGUAUGAAAGAUCUUGGGAGCAAAACGAGGAGUUGGGUCUCAACGACAUAGAUACUUCUUCAGCUGAUGCUGCUUAUGAAUCCACAGAGCCAACUAAAUUACCUUGAACCUGAAAAGAUAUACCUUGAACCUGAAAAGUUACUCUAGAGUUAUGAUCUGUAUUUGGGAUUAUUAUGUUUAUGUUGUAUAUUAUCAGUUUAGAGUUGUUAGCCUGGGAUUAUUAUGUUUAUGUUGUAUAUUAUCAGUUUAGAGUUGUUAGCCUGGGA